CAUGGACUGCCACGUAGGGAGAGUUGGGGUGGGAAGAUCUGAUAUUUGUUACCAAAGGCAAAAGAUACAACUUAUCCAGAAGAAACAUGUCCUCGAGCACUGCAUUGUUUAUCCUUCUCUCCCUCCUCCCGAUAGCUCUGGGAGAACACCCUACCAUAGGUGUCCCUAACGGGGGCCCCUGGGGGGAAUGGGGCCCGGUGGAAUGGUGUCCUUGUGGUUUUCGUGCAAGAGGAUUCUCCCUAAAGGUUGAAGAAAAGAAGAACAUUGAAGAUGACACGGCUCUAAAUGGGGUCCGUCUGCUGUGUGUGAACCGCAAUGAUACAUCCCUGGAUGGUAGCAACGUGUACCCCAUCCAGUCUGCAGAAGCACGGUGGGGUGAGUGGACCGAGGUUUUGUGGUGCCCUGAAGGAUUUAUCAUAAGGUUCACCAUGCAGGUGGAGGCCCAUAAAAAAGGUGGAGAUGACACGGCAGCCAACAAUUUCAUGUUCCUCUGUUCUGACACCAUCGUCCAUAUGGGGCUGGGCAUGAACUGGGGCCAAUACGGGAAGUGGAGCAGGCGCUGCCACCACGGGAUCUGCGGGAUGAAGACCAAAGUGGAAUCUCCACAAGGAACCGGAGACGACACGGCCCUAAACGAUGUCCAGUUUAUAUGUUGCAAGGAAGGCGGCAGAUAAACACUGGGAUUAAAUGCUGCGCUGUAAUUGGGUAAAUGUGAUGGUCAUUUUGAUUUGAGAUCUAACCAAUAAUCCGAAAGAAAUAGAAGUGUAAACCCACUCGGUAAUUCAGCAGCAUGCGGUAUCUGCCCUUGUGUUCCCAGCUCCGUCCAUCUGCCUAAACUAUUACGGACUUUUUGCAUGCUUCAUAUUAAAGCCUAACUCCAAGCAAGUUAAAGGGGUUGUAAAGGUUCGUUUUUUAUUUUCUAA